AUGGACUACAGUCUCACUUUCGCUGCCGUCACGGACAUGUCGACAGUGAAAGUGAUACUGGCACUCGCGGCGACGUGGAAGGUACCGGCAAAGACCGGAGAUAUUUCUAAUGCUUAUGUCAAGGCGGACAAAGAAGUGCACCUUGACAUUUAUUUGCAAGUCCCUCCAAAUAUGGACAUCGAGUACAAGACGCUCAAGAAUCUCGGCGCGAAAGAAACAAUGAUGUGGUGCUUCAUUUGCGUAAAAGUCUAUAUGGCUUAA